AUUGAGCCUAAAGCGUCGCUAUUCAAUCCUUUUCUUGGUUUCAAAUCCAAAUCACAUAACCCAACCCAAGCUUGUUUGUCAGAACGGAAAAGCAGGUAGUACUGUACUAAAAUAACAGCAAAACAUACAGCCAUUGAACUCAAAGGAGAAGCAAAAAUGAAGUUCACGGACUCACCAGUAAUUGACCUGCCAGUGCGCGAUUCCCGCCUCUCUAUCCAACAAGACAAUGCCUCCUUCCACGUGGGCACCUCCGUCUGGCCUUGUUCCUUAGUUCUCGCCAAAUUCGCCGAGCGCUGGGCACCACCUUCCCCUCCCACCACCAACGACGACAAAAACCCUUACUCCGACCUCCUCGAUUUCCACAGCCGCCGCCGCCGCGCCAUCGAACUAGGAACAGGCUGUGGAGCCGCCGGCAUGGCCUUCCACCUGCUCGGUCUCCAAGAGCUCAUCCUCACCGACAUAUCCCCUGUCAUGCCCGCACUCAAACACAACCUCAAACGCAACAAGCCCGUGCUCGGCAAGAACCUUAAGACAUCAAUUCUCUACUGGAACAACAAGGAUCAGAUCAGGGCCGUUAAUCCGCCAUUCGAUGUGGUGAUCGCGGCUGACGUGGUAUACAUCGAGGAAUCGGUGGGCCAUUUGGUGGGGGCCAUGGAGGCGUUGGUCGCGGAUGAUGGGGUGGUUCUGUUAGGGUACCAGUUGAGAUCUGCGGAAGCUGAUAAGGCGUUUUGGGAGAUGUGUGAGGAGGUUUUCGUGAUCGAGAAGGUUCCUCAUCAGGACUUGCACCCUGAUUACGCUUAUGAGGAGACCGAUGUUUAUGUUUUCAGAAAGAAGAAGAAUAAAAACUAGCAGAGUAAUCUUGGAUUGAUUUUUUUGGUACGUUUGGCAAUUGGGAAUUGAAGUUAUCCUUUUGUCUUUUUUCCCUAGUGAAUGGCAACAUAAGAAUAGAAUUAAAAUCGUUGUGAUUGUCGGCAUAUUUUCUCAGAUUGUUAGCAGCAAAAUUUUGGGGUUGGAUUGAAGUAUUGUCUUUUGCAAUCUUAUGCCAAUUUCUGCAGGAAACGAUUGUUUGGUUUAUGGGGUUAGUCAAAUGAUGCUUUGCGUUUCCUCCUUUCAGUCUUGUAUAUCAAAUGCUAGUAAUUGAACAACAGCUUCCAAGCUUUAUGGGGUUA